UUUGUUCUAGGGUCAUUCUAAGAACCGUUCAACAAUUACGUAACGCGUUAGGGCGAGAUUUCACCGCAUCCGCACAGACUCGUACAGACACGUCCGUUCAACGGAAGGAAAAAAUAAUUCAAUGUAUUUAUAGCGUGUGUCUGUUUCUUCGAAGCACGCACUUCACUGUCCGCUGCGGUUAACACAAUUUUUAAGUCGUCGCUGAUAAGAAAAUGUUCUUAUUUUGUCCGUAUGUACGAAAGAUUUGCUAACUGUUGCAUUCGUUUGAUUGACUGAAAUAGGCUGAUAUAGCCCACAGAGGACAGUUGCUUUGGUCGGUGGCGGUGUUGUGCACUGUGGUCAAGCGGGCAACAUGGGCGAUGAACAAAUAAUAUGGGCGGUCCAGGCAAGAUCCACCCUGUACGACAGAAGCGACCCUAAAUAUUCCAACAGAGACGUUAUCCGACAACUGUGGAUCGACUGUGCUAGUGAGCUCAACAUGGAAGUAGAGCAAGUUAAAAAGAAGUGGACAUAUUUAAGGGACUACUUUUUGAGACAGUAUCGCCUAUCCAGGACAUCAAAAUCAGGUUCUUCAUUCAAAAGGAAGUGGCCACUGUUUGAUCAGAUGUCAUUCCUCAUACCUUAUAUUCAGCCAAGGGAGUCCAAGUUUGCUAAUCUUUUAGAGGAGGACUGUCAGGAGGAGAAUGACAGAGAAAGUACAGGAUCAAUUGACCAAUCAACACCAGUGGCAGACGACAUCAGUAACCAAUUCCCAUCAAGAUGGCAAUCUACUUCAUUCGCAUCAGAGAGCAUUCGGCAAACUCGCAAACGAUCACAUUCACCCAGUGGGACAUCCCUGUUUGAUACUGAGGUUUUGAAAGCACUAAGACAGGCAGAUAGUUAUGAUGAAAACGAAUAUUUUUUUAAAAGCCUUGUUCCUCAUAUGAAAUCUCUUGAACCAAUAGCUCGCAUGCAGUGUAGACUUGAAAUACAGAACGUUGUGUUAAAACAUAUGAAGGAAGCAGCCGCGUGUCAUAGUGCUGACACGUCAUCCUGCUCACCAGUACAGACAAAUCACGUUCAACCAUUGGCAGAAACCUGUAACGAUAACGACACUCGCCAAUAGUACCAGUAGAAAGUAAUGUCAAAUAAAAUAAGCAUAACUUUC